UGGAUGAUCCACACUCGAUCGGGUGAGGUUGGGGGUUUUUUCCCCCGCUAUGAGGAUACCAUCGUGUGUUCGGACGUCAUACGAGCUCAGGAGCGCUGGCUUCCUGCACCGCGUCUCGCCCGCUGCGCCGCUCCGUUUUCGCUUUUAGCUUUCCCCCGAGUUCCGCGCGCUGUACCGCCGCAAUGAUUAGCAAAGUGAAAAAUGCCAUGUCUUCGCUGGUAGGCGGCAUUGUUCCGCACGGCCACCACCACCAUCAUCAUCCUCAACAGCAGCAGCAGCUCAGCGGAGCGGACUCUCUGCCCCCGCGUUUCCCGUACGCGCGGCCCGACUUUCUGGAGCUGAGCAAUGAGUUGGUGCAGUACGCGGCCGAGCACGCAUCCCGGCCCGUCAUCACACUCCGGAGAGACGCCAAGAUGCCCUGGCGCACCGGAUAUGCAGAGGUGAUAAAUGCAGGAAAGAGUAUGUUGAAUGAGGACCAGGCCUCAUGUGACGUGCUAUACGUGAAGAAGCUGACAAGCAAACAGCAGCGUGCCUCCGUGCUUCUAGAGGACAGUGGGGACACCACAGGUAUCCCCAUGCAUUUCUGGGGUGUAUUUGAUGGUCAUGCUGGCUCUGGAGCUGCCCUCAUGGCCUCCAAACUCCUCCAUCGUCUCAUCCGAGAUCGUUUGUGUGAAGUAGCCCAUCUUUUGGAGAAUCAGAGCAGCCCACCACCCAUCUGCCUAGCUAAAAAUGGGAGUCCCUAUCAGGCUGAGCAAAAGAAGGGAUCCUGCAUGGAUGCAGAAGACCAGGAUGGUCCUGCAGAUCCCAUUGCUCGAUUCCACAUGGAGAAGGUUGUCAGUCUGGAAAGCCUGGUUAUGGGAAUCAUAGAGAAUGCCUUCAAACAGAUGGACGACCUCAUUGAAAAGGAGAAGGCAUCUUACAGCAUUUCUGGAGGAUGUUGUGCCUUGACUGCUGUGCAUUUGUUAGGGAAACUCUACGUAGCAAAUGCAGGUGACAGCAGAGCCAUAAUUGUUCGCAAUGAUGAGAUUAUUCCCAUGUCUAAUGAGUUCACACCAGAGAGUGAGAGACAACGGCUGCAGUACCUGGGAUUCCUUAAACCAGACCUGCUUGGGAACGAGUUCACACACAUUGAGUUUCCCCGACGCAUUCAGCACAGUGAGCUAGGCAAGAAGAUGUUAUUUAGAGACCACACCAUGACUGGGUGGGCAUAUAAAACAAUUGUUGAAGAUGACCUCAAGUUCCCCCUCAUUUAUGGAGAGGGGAAAAAGGCCCGAGUCAUGGCCACAAUUGGAGUAACACGUGGUUUAGGAGACCAUGAUCUGAAAGUUUACAAUUCAAACAUUCAUAUCAAACCAUUCCUAUCCUGCUGUCCAGAGGUGAAAGUAUACAAUAUUUCAGAGCACAAGCAUGGCCCUGAUGACGUCCUUAUUAUGGGCACUGAUGGAUUGUGGGACGUGACUUCUGACAGAGAAGUAGCAGAUGCAGUGACAAAAUUUCUGUCCUGCUGUGAGCCUAAUGACCCAAUGAGGUAUACUUUGGCGGCUCAGGAUCUCCUAAUGAGGUCUCGUGGUGUUCUGAAAGAGCGGGGUUGGAGGCUGCCCAAUGACAGACUGGGAUCAGGUGAUGACAUAACAGUGUUUGUCAUCCCAUUGGCUGGGGCAGAGUCAGAGACAUGACAAGGCAGCUCAGUUCUUCUCUGGUGAGCAAAUCAGGACACGGCGCUAAUUCGUGCCGGCUGAGGAAGGGGUGCAAUACCAAAAAAUCCAUGCUAAAUUGAGCUGAAGGGAAAGACAUAUGCAUUGCUCCUCUUCCUCUGACUUUUCAGAGGAAUCGUGUCGACUCUUACCUCUUCUUAUCAAGCCUGGGAUAACAUCAUCAUUAAGUGCCACUCUUCUCAUUCAACAUUUCUCACAGAUUUACUGUGAAAGACUUCAGAACACACAAAGCCGCUGUGAUAUAAACAUAUACUCUGUAAGUCUAUUUGGAGAGAUAGAGAAGAAGAGAGAUUAGUGCCAGGUAAAUAAACAGGGUCUUUUAUACAUGACCCGAAGAAAACAGAGGAAUGGAGCAUUGGUGAUAUGAGAUGAAAUCGUGAUGGUUGAGAAUGUAUAGAUGUAAGCACUUUAUCUUUAAGCUUAAACUUAUCAACCUGUAAUUAAAACUUAGCAAAUUAAUCCAUUUCCCGCAGCUCCCCUAAAUGUCUCCAAAGAAUGUGUCUAUUUGAACACAUGCAUUUCAGUGACUUUGCAGUAGCUUUAUUUAGAAACUAAUGAUCACCAAGAAAAGAAGGGAAGCACAAUUUUCUCAUUAGUCCUGACAAUGACAGGGUCAAACACUUCUCCUUUGGAAAAGGAAUAAUAUUAUUGUGAUUGAGGCCAUUGUGUAGAAUUGUCUUGUGGCACUUGUGGGCAGUGGUAGCUCAGUGGUUAAGACGUUGUACUACUGAUUUGCAGUGUUGGGUAAGUUACUCCAAAAAAAAUAAGUAAUCCACUACAGAUUACUAAUUACUACUUUAAAAUUGUAAUUUGAUUACAUUACUGAUUACUGCAUGUAAAAGGUAAUCAGAUUACUAAUUACUUUACUUUCAAGUUACUUUCAAAACCUAUCAAACCUAAAAAAUACACUACAAUGUGUAACUCGUAGUUCUUUCAGUAAUUUUAGCGUGUGUGAAUGUAUGAAAUGAUCAGAAAAAGUUGGAUUCAUCAUAAAACAUGCCUUGGGUGUUGUCACUGUUUUUAGGACUAACAGACCGAUAAAAUAUAAAACUUUUCAAACUAGGCUAGUUUGGUGUCGCUAGCCAAGGGCACAACUAAGCUAUGGGUUUAGCUGCUACGGUGCCAUGCAAAGUACAUUACCUUUCCUUAUGCUCUGCUCAUAUCAUGUUCAUGUAAACUGGAACUCAUACAGACAUUUACACACCUUGCUUUCCUGCUCAGCAUGAGAGGAUGUUACUGCUUCAAUGUCAACCCCUUUACUGGUUUAAAAAAAUAAAAUAAAAUCAGCAUAUAUCCAUUGUGAGCUAGCGUUUGGAAGAAUUGAGAGACUGUCAGCCAAUAAGACUCGACUAUUUCCACAUAUUUCCACGUCUAAUUGGUCUUGCCUCCAUUCACUGAAGAUAUAAAAUUACAACACCGCUGUCUUCUUUUAAUGACAUUCAGUUAUGUAGUGACAAACCACUCCAAGUGGAGAAUUAAUCGGGGCUAAGGAAAAAAUCUUCGGGGCUACAGCCCAGGCCAGGUUACGCCCCUGGCAGCCAUGCAAAACAUGAUUUAUUUUAAAAAUGCAUUUUGCUUAAUAUUGUUUUCUUAACAAAUUUUUUAAUGCAAGUAACGUAAUUUUAUUGUCAUCAGUAACUGUAAUCAAAUUACAUAUAUUUGAAAUGUACAAUGUGCGUUACAUUACAGUGUUAUCAGAAAAAAAUCACACGAAUAGGCCUACAAAGUAACACGUUAUACCCAACUCUGCUGAUUUGAAGGUCGUGAAUUCAAAUCCCUACUGCCAAGCUGCCACUGCUGGGACCAUGAGCAAGGCCCUUAACCCUCAACUGCUAAUUUGUAUAAAUGAGAUAAAAUGUAAGUCUCUCUAGUGUCUGCUAAAUGCCAUGAAUGUAAAUGAGAUAUACUACUGUAACCCACACCUUGACAAAGUUCUGGAAAAUAGAGGCCAUCAUUUCAACUCUUGCACAUUUGACUAAACCCAGGUUCCCUAACUCUCCACAAAGCCAUGUUCACAAUGAACCUAAAACUUGCAAGGAGGUGGAUUUUUGAUUAUAAUCAAACCCAGAUGCAUUAUUUGUGCACACUAAUUUUCACUUAAACUGUAGCUUUUUUUUCUGAGCCAAGUAUAGAAGCUUAUUAUAUAUUGAGAAUCCCUAUUAAAGCAGCUUUUAGUCCAAGAUCAGCACUUAUAUGGAACCUAGAAACCUACCAUUCAUGAUGAAUUCAUUAUUAUAAUGUAUUAUUACUAUAACUUUCACAUGAGGUACCAUAUUUGUAAAAAUGGGUUGAAAAGGGUUUUAGGUGGCAGCUAGCUUCCCACCAAUAAUGUUUUAAUGCAAACACAUUUCAACAUUAGAACCAAGGUCCUGAUCCUGAAUUUUAUUUCAAUACCCCAUGCUUAAAUUAUCUUGAACAACCGAUUGUGAAUAUAUCUGAACAUUUGAGUUGAUGCUGACUGCUAACAAACUUUGUUUUUUGCUAUAACAUGUUUAGUUGAUUUGCUGACUGUUUUAUCAUUUGUCAAGCUGUAACACCUAAGCAACUGUGAUUCCUUCAAAAUAAAUCUCCCAUCUUUGAAUAAAUUAUUUUCUGUCUCUUUGCCAUGAAUUAGAUUCAAUGUGCUAUUUAAAAUUCAGCUGAUGCUAACAGAUAGCUCAUUGUCAUAUUCAAUAUUGAAGAUUCUGCACUAGGAAUAGUUGUUUAACGCACUUUAUACAUUCAGGUAUAGAGUGUAAUUACUGUAAAGUAAUUGGACACACUGUAAUUACUGCACACUGUGUUGUAGUGAACAGCACAGACCGUUAAUUCUCCGCCAUAUGCCCAAAUCAUUUAUAAGUAUAUUACUGACUGUUUACAGCACUUCAAUUCAAACAAUAGCUGACUUCAUAAGGAUACCUACUACCCAGUUGUAUUACACCAAGCUAAACAAUGUUGGAACUCGUGUGUCAACAGGUUAAAUAAACCCAUGUGUUUAACCCUCCUAUUAUGUUGGGGGGAGGAGAGUCACAUCCAUUAUGUCAAAAUGACUUCCACAGUUUAAAUACACACACAAACAGCAAAGAACAGCUUAAAACAGUAAACCUUUAUUAUGGCUUGUCCGAGACAAGGCAUAAGAAGAAAUAUUUGCAUAUAAGUUCAUGACCCCAAAUGAGGAAAGUCAUUUCAAAGAGAAAAAGAGAUUAAUCAGUAUUUCAGACAUCUCAAAUAUGGAAUUGGGUCCAAUUGACCCAUAACAUAAUAGGAGGGUUAAACGGUUACAUUUAUGUUAUUCAUCAUUGCAAUCUGACAACAAAAAAAGGGGAAAAGUAUUCUUAAUUUUUUUCUUUCCAGGAGACUGAGGUUAAUGACCUAACAUGUCCAGUUUGAAAUGGUGAAAAAGAAGCAGUGCUUCAGUCAUUCACUGAACCUCAUACUAACAGGUUGUUUACUUUAAAUGCUCUGAUCACAGUUCUAAACUGCAACCUUUGGUGAGUUAUUCUGGUGGGCAGCAGAUCUUCCACUUUGUCCCUUCUGUAUUUGGUGGGAGCUGAAGCCAUGGCCUCUGGAGUUUACUAUUGUGUUUACAAGCAUGGGAAAUGUAGUCUAGUUCUAUUUCUUAUUCCUUCAUUAUUUCACUUACAAGUAAGCAGAUAAAAUGUUUAGAGCUGAUUUCAAGAGAUAUGUAAGAGAAGGGAAGGAACUGCUCAUGAUCCAAAGCAUACCACCUCAUCUUAUGGCGUGGGCAUGUAUGGCGGCCAGUACAACAGGUUCCCUUGUAGUUAUUGAUGAUGGGACUGAUGACAAAGGCAGCAUGAAGAAUUCUGAAUUGUAUAGGGCUAUAUUAUCUUCUCAGAUUCAGCCAAUACUUCAACCAAAAACUCACUGGAUGGUGCUUCAUAGUGCAGAUGG